UGAGGGAGCACUAACCAAGAAUUCUUUUUAUAUAAAUCUCAGCUUGGAUUCGGAAGAUUCCAGCAAGUCAAAAUGCAUUUUUAUUCAACAUUGUCGUACCUUGGGCUCUUUGCUUCGUCGGUCACAGCUAGGGCCCUUGAAACUCCCCCAGAAAUAGUGCCUAGACCGCCGUUCUUUGCUCUAGCUGGCGACUCAACCACGGCGCCGCAGUCGGAAAACGGAGGUGGCUGGGGCGCCGGCUUCAUCAACACGACUCUGCACGCCGGGGCGGCAGCAAAGAACUUUGGCCACAACGGCGCAACAACAGUGUCGUUCCGCGAGGGAGGUGACUGGGCCAAUGUUCUCGCAGCAGCAAAAGCCGCGAGCAAAGACUUCGAUGUAUACGUGACGUGUCAGUUUGGACAUAACGAUCAGAAGCCGGCCAAGAAUAUCUCAAUUGAACAGUACUCGGCCAACCUUGCCAGGUUUGUUCACGACGUGCUGGACAUACAGGCGUGGCCUGUCUUGGUGACUCCGCUCAGCAGACGCAAGUUCGACUCGGAUGGCCACGUCAAGGAGGACCUGGCAGACGUGACGGCUGCAACAUUAAAGGUAGCGAGUCAAACUGGCGCGCAAGUUAUUGAUCUCAAUGCGGCGAGCACAAAGUACCUAAAUGCCAUUGGGCCUGACAAAGCGCAUACGUAUAACCUGGCGCCUUCGGACAAUACCCAUCUCAACAAUGGAGGAAGCAUUGUCUUUGGCAAUCUGGUGGCACUACUCAUGAACCAAGAGCUGAUACAGUUGAGCACGAAGUAUUUAUCGCCUAUUAACGAUAUUGCGGAUAAGUUGGAGAAGGGCGAGUAUGUGUUCGCGUAUGUGUAGACUGAUAGUGUAACGGGUUUAUUGGGGGAAACUAGCAGAGGUGCAAUGUAUAUAUCAUUAUGAUUAAGAAUUAUGAAUGCAAAAGGCAGCGACUUUGAAAGCUCUCGGUGAUGAAGGAAGAAGUGAAGUGUGGAUCUAUUAUGGAUGCAGAUGCAUGGUGAUGUUAUAGGGCUGAGCACAG